AUGGUGGUGGUGGAAGACGACACACAGCAUUAUCUCAACGACCACUGGACACCAACGACCACAACGACCACUGGACACCAACGACCACAACGACCACUGGACACCAACGACCACAACGACCCUGGACACCAACGACCACAACGACCCCUGGACACCAACGACCACAACGACCCCUGGACACCAACGACCACAACGACCACUGGACACCAACGACCACAACGACCACUGGCCACCAACGACCACAACGACCACUGGACACCAACGACCACAACGACCACUGGACACCACGACCACAACGACCACUGGCCACCAACGACCACAACGACCACUGGCCACCAACGACCACAACGACCACUGGACACCAACGACCACAACGACCACUGGACACCAACGACCACAACGACCACUGGACACCAACGACCACAACGACCACUGGACACCAACGACCACAACGACCACUGGCCACCAACGACCACAACGACCACUGGACACAACGACCACAACGACCACUGGCCACCAACGACCACAACGACCACUGGACACCAACGACCACUGGACACCAACGACCACAACGACCACUGGACACCAACGACCACAACGACCCCUUCUUCAUGUGGAAGACGACCUACUCCUGUAGGGGGCGGCGCUCCCGGCACCGCCUCCCCCCUCACUAAUUUGACCCUUGUAACGAGGGUAAAUAAAGGUUGUUAUAACAGCGGCAUAGAGGCGCGGGGCGCUUUGUGCCGUGGCUGGCGGGAGUGUGAGAGAGUGAGAGCACUCCAGAGCACUCCAAGAGCUCCUCAGAGCUCUCCAAGAGCGCCUCAGAGCUCUCCGGGAGCGCCUCACAGCACUCUUAUCUACUGGGCUCUCAGGGCUCCCUCAGGGCUGUCAGGGUUCCCCCAGGGCUCUCAGGGCUCCCCCAGGGCUCUUAGAACUUCCCCAGGGCUCUCAGACCUCGCGUGGGCUCUCAGGGCUCCCCCAGGGGCUCUCAGGACUCCCCUAGGGCUCUCAGACCUCCCCAGGGGCUCUCAGACCUCCCCAAGGGCUCUCAGAUCUCCCCAGGGCUCUCAGAUCUCCCCAGGGCUCUCAGAUCUCCCCAAGGGCUCUUAG